ACUGUUAAGAGUAGCUAGCACGUGUGUGUCGACGAUGAAACGGACCAAACUGCUUGUCAGGUGGACAGAAAACGAAGCAGUCCAUGUGUUUAUAAGUUCACCACCACAGAUUUGAAAUGCCCUCUUUUCUUUUGUAAACGGUAGGGUGUUGAGAAGGCAGAGGACUUGAAAGGUAGAGAGGAUCAUCUGUCUUCAGGCCUGAUCAGCACCCUUUUGCAACCCAACUGACUCCAAUAUCCAUUAUGAAGAUAGAGCAAUGGACAUUUUUUUUGUUACAAUAAAUAGAUGUUGUAAAUAAGAACUAAUUGAUGUUUAACCCUUCUGCUUAAUCUUCUACGUAUAUUUAUGAGAGUUCAGUGAACCAUGAAGAACAGAAUUUGGUGCAGCUGGACGAGUAUUGUUCCACAGCUGUGUAUUGUUCUCAAAAUGGUGGACCUUGCAACAGCCUGUUGGGGUAAUACAGCCCCAAAUCUUGGAAAUUUAACAAGUGACUAUUCUAUUGAAGUUGGUUCCACUGUUGACCUGAACUGUACUUUGCAUCAGCAUCAAAUUUUCUUAAAGAGCAGGGACCAUCAAAAUGAGACAUAUUUUGUUAAUUCUACACACUUGGAGUUUCGCUUCAACAGCACUACAAUUCCUCGUGAAUAUGUUCACAUUGUAAACCCAUUAACUGCACAGCUUCGAAUUCCUAAUGCAAGUAUUGCCUACUCUGGAAAAUAUUACUGUAACUUGAAGCUACCAGAGAUGAAAAAGGAUAUUACAGUAUGCUUAAGUAUCAUCUUUGUUGGAUAUAAACCCCGUGCAGUGGAUCAAAACAAAUUUUCUUGUCUCAGCAAAAACUUUGAAAACCUAACUUGCUGUUGGAUACCACCCUAUAACCCUGUCAGAACAACUUAUACUCUGGAGAGUGAUGUGAGGAUAGGGAAUUAUUUGGUGGGGUCCAAAAGCUGUCCCAAUAAUACUGGAGUUAAUGACACAUGUUGCCAAUGGAGAUUAGAUACCAAUCCACCUUAUCACAGGACAAAGAAGGAAUUAGUGUUUAAGUUGACCGGACGUAAUCAUCUUGGAAACAUCACGCAGAAUAUCAUUGUGGACCACUACAAGUUUGUUAUUCCUAACAAACCAUGGGGACUGCAGGCCACUGGAGAAACACAGAAAAGCAUCAAACUCAAUUGGUUAAGCCCAAAAGACUUUGACAUCUGGAACUUUGAACCUGGUCUUGUUUAUGAACUUCGCUAUAAAUCAAGGAGUAACAACAACCAAAUGUGGAAGAUGAUCAAUGUGGGAAAAGGGAGUCAAACAUAUAAUCUUACAGGAUUAAUUCCCAAUACUGUGUAUGAGUUGUCAGUUCGAUGUCGCUCGGCAAAAGCAGACGGUGAAGAAAUGUGGAGUCAGCCUGCUGUUAUAGUGGCUCGUACCAACCCUGAUGUGCCAUACUUUGUACCAAAUAUCACAAAAGGAUCAUUUGAGAUAAAGAAACUAAGUACUAGUAGAAGUAUAACCUUGUACUGGAAGCCAGUACCUCCAGAACAUUACAAUGGGCAAGAUUUUCACUAUGUGAUCACUUACAAGCCUGUUUUUAACACAAUAUGGAAGAGAGAAGUGUUAGAACAAAAUGUGGAAGUAACAGGCUUUAAACAUACUUUUACUGAUAUGGAUCUUAAUACUGUUUACUACUUCAAGUUUCAAUCAGCCAAUAGGGAAGGUUUAUCUAGCAGCAUGGUGGACAUUACUGUUGAUAAAACAAAGAAUUUGCCUAUUGCACCUGUCGAGGUCACUGCUAUGUCUUAUGGUAAUGGGACAUACCAAGUGAAUUGGGAUUACCCUGAAAGAGAGAGAUCUGUUAUCACUAGGUUCACUAUCUACUGGUGUCCUAGUCUUCAGCCUCAUCCUUUCUUAUGCAGACAUCCCAUAAAAUGGAGGAUUGUUCCUGCCAGCAGCACAUAUGUAAACAUUCAGUUAUCUGACGAUAUCAAUUACCAGUUUGCAGUUUCAGCAGAUUCAACAGAGAAUAGUUCUGGGAUGAAGAGAAUGUCAUGUAUUGUACCAUAUGAAAAAGCUCUGGACAAGGUCCAAGAUGUGUAUGUUUACAAGAUUUUCCAAGGCCUUCAGGUUGAGUGGAGGCUGGCGUGCAGUGCUCAGAAGAAAGUUGUGACACAAUACCAAGUGGAAUACUGUAAGGUGAAGAAUAGACUACAAGCAUGCAUUAAUUCCCAAAGUUUAACUACUUAUAACCAAGACACUACAAAAAUGAACAUAACCAACUUGGAACCCUUCACUCUGUACAGAGUUACUGUACAAGUCUUGAGCAAAGCUGGGAUCAGUAGCCUUAGUGAUCCAAAGUAUGAAAGAACCUUGGCUGGUGCUCCAUCAGUGCCUCAGGAAGUAAAGGUUGUAGAUGUUAACUCCUCUGCCAUCCAUCUAACCUGGAAAACUCCUGCUAAGCCUAAUGGAAUUAUAAUGAACUAUGUUGUGCACUAUAGAAAUUUCUCUCAGGAAGUUAUUGCUAGCCAUGAUAAAGAAUCAUACUCGCUUGUUUUGGGGAAUAAUAUUGAGAGCUAUACAAACUACUCUGUUGCUGUACAAGCUUGUGUUGACAAACACUGCUCCUCUCCAUCAUCUGCAGUGUAUGGAAUGACAUGGAUAGAUGCUCCUGGAAUGAUGGAGGAUCCUCAUGUUGAAGUGAUAAAUUCUACUAACGUUCGAGUUCGAUGGUCACCCCCAGAGCAUCCAAACGGUCCAAUUGAUUUUUACCUGUUAGUCAUGAAAUGGCAAGAAGAAGCAAAUGGAACUCAGUCAAAAUUUUUUAAUAUUUCAGGAUCAAAAACAUCCAUUAUUAUUCCACUGAACUGUCCACUAAAAAUGGACAGCUCAAUUGUAAACUUCACUAUUCAAGCAGGUAACAUCAGGAACAAUACGAAUCUUCUUGGUCCAAGCAGUUCACCAACACGGACGAAGAUGUGUUUCCCAGAGGGUCUACAGGUCCCCAUGAUUGUUGGAGCUGUAGUUGGUGGAACUCUUGGUUUGAUAUUACUGGUGAUAGUUCUCUGUGCUUUAGUUCGCUGGAUGAAGAAAAAGAUAAAUCUCAUGAAACAGACCAAAGUUCAGCUCCCAAAUGGGCUGGAUGCUCCAAAUACAGAACCCUUCAUAGUAUACGGUGAAUUCAAGAAACACAUUGACAAAAAAAACAGCACUGGUCACUUGAAGGUUCCAAUUGACAGUUUAGAUUUGUACUUGUCCAACAACAACAAUGCAUUUGGUGAAAGACAAGGCUCGGAAAUCUCCCGGUUUAGCAACUCUUCAACCGAUGAGCUGAUCCAGAGGAAGAUCCGGUGCACUAGUUAUGGAAGAAAUCCAAGUGGAGACAGCAGUGGUUACAGUUCUGCUGGAGGGCAUGAUAGUAUAUCCUCUUCUCUUACAGCUCACACUCAGCUUUCUUCUGAGUGCCAUGCAGAACCUGAGCUUACUGGCUCUAUUACAUCUGAUGCAGUCUUCAUGGACUGCCAUCUUGGAACUGACAACUUCUUAGCUCACUCCCAGGGAAAGGUGGGACUCCCCAAAGUGGAAGAACUCCAAGACACUGAAGAAUCACAUAGUGGGAUUACUUCUGAAGAAACAACAAAUGUUCCCAGUUCUCAGCCUCAACAUCCUUACAGUUGUUUUAGUAUUAGGGGACAAACUGAAGACGGUUACAUAUCAUUUCUGGGUCACCGAAACAAUACACCUGUAAUGACAAGAAACUUAUCCAACAGUGAGCCUUCAGUUUUUGAUAUUGAUGAUGAACAGACAAAUGAGGUAACUAACCCACUUGUUGCUGUUCUCCCAUAUUCCAGGUUUGGAUUAGCCAAAAGUCUUGGUUCAACAUUUGAUUUCAGUAUUCUACAGCCAGAAGAUCAAAUAGAAAAUGUUACUCCAAGUACGGGCUACUCUAAGUUUGGAGUGAUUCAUGUUUUAGGGAAUCCCCUGAAGCAAACCUGCUCUUUAAAAGUUGAUGAAAACAAUGUUAGAGUUGGAAUGGCAUUAAUCACUCCUGAUCCAGAUCUUGAACCUAAACAGGUUUCUUUAAACAAAAUGCCAACCAAAGGAUAUGUCUUGGCAAAACCAGUACCUGUAUCUGAUGAAUUAUUUACAAUGAAAUCCACCCAAAAUCCAACUCAAAGUGUCCUUCCAUUUAGAGAAGCUUACUCCAAGCUGGGCCUGCCAACCAGGGUGCCAAAAUCCAGAGGUUAUAUCAGUCUUCCCAAUGCACUCAGGAUGUUUAGCACAUCUACUGAGUCUGGAGAGAACCAAGGUUAUUCAAAGUUUGGAAUAGAACCAAACUUGGAUCAUAUCGAUUCCUUGGGAAGAACACGGCAGGAAUCUCAGCUAUCAUAUUCUCAUACUACGAAUCCUGAGAAUAAUGUAGCUUGUGAAAACACAGAUGUGACUGGUAGUGAUGCAGCUUUCAGAGAAGAAAGUGAAUGGAACAAAACUGAAGAAAGACUUGUAGAUUCUCAAGGAGCUCAUGGUAUCGAUAAAAGUCAGUCUUCUCACUACCCUGAAGAGUUAGUUGCCAACUACACCAGGCCAGUUUUAUACAGGACGAUUAGUGAACCCUCAAAAGAAAAAAUAAUCAACACAGAAGAAGAAGAAGAAGAAUCGACUGAUGUUGACAGUUAUGUGCCCAUGAAACAAUCUGGAAAGAAAGAUUGUGGUGUAGGAAAUGGGUCAUAUGUUCCUCAAAACUUUCCUUUUUCAUUGCCUCAUGAAAUGCCUCAAAAAAAGAGUAUUAUGUUCAAAAACAAAAAUGAAAGUAAUGGUUAUGUCAGGUGGAAUGACAUUAUAGGAGGUUCCACUAACUUUCAACAGUCUUCACAGACACAUGGGGAUGUGGGUAAGGGCCAAGAACAGGAGCCCAAACAUUGUGCUUAUACUUGUGUUUGAAAGGGUUUUUAAUGAUGUACUUACUAUUGUGGAUAAAGAUUGUAUUCUCUAACUGCUGGGAAAACAGUGUGUAAAACCACUAUUUUACCUUAUUCCUGCCAAGCUUAGUGUUUUAUCAGAAAAGUUGAAACAUAACUUACCAGGCAAGUGUAGUACUUUUGUACUGUCACUAACUUUUUUUUUUUUUUAUGAGUAAGUGAGAAUGGAGUUCUAUAUAUGACUUUUUAAAAAAUAUUUUGCCAACUCUAUCUUGUCACGACAUCUGUGUGCGGAGAUAAACGUCAAGACAUAAAUUGAGCACAGGUUGAUCGAGAAUGAGUGAAUGUCUUGUAUAGAAGUGUUUUCAAAACAAGUUCUAUGGCAAUCUGAAGUGAAACAUUCAGUACUCUAAUGUAAACUAAAAUUCCACUCAAUUUUCGGUAUGUAAAAUUUUUACAUAUAACUUUAGGCUGACCUGUGCUUCAACAUGUGUAGAAAACCAGUUUGUUAAGAAAUUCAACGUUUAUAUUUCUUGUCAAAUUCCAGACAAAUUCUUCAUACACUGAGAGGUGGAACUUUCAAAAGUGAGGGUGGGGGGUGGAUUAUGGUUUGUUGCAUGUUCUAUAGGAACAUACCCUCUGACUUAUCUAGAUAUGUAUUUGGUGUUGGUUUCUGCUAAGCCCUAGAGUAACUGGUAAGUAAAUUAACCCAUAAUGCUAUUUGAAAUGAUAGGGAGAAAUGCUGCCUCCUCUUGUGUAAAUUACAUUUAUGCAUAUAUUACAUUAUGAUAUUACACAGGUCAGACAAUUAUUAACCAAAAUUCAUGACAGAACAUUAGAUACACAAUUUGGCAAACAUUCUGCAUAAUAGCAUAUUUUCCCAUAUACAUUGUUACAUAUAGAAACGUACGUGUGUCAUCAAUUUGAUCUCUCAGGCCUGUUUUAUACGUAAGCCACUGUCCUCCUACAUUUACUCUAGACACGAGACUCGUGAGUAUUUCUGAAGUCGGUGUGUAAGUUACUGUAUAAGAAAUGCUAAGACUCGUGAGUAUUGCUGAAGUCAGUGCGUAAGUUGCUAUAUGAGAAAUGUUCAGACUUGUCUUUCGUUACUGUUACAGUAGUUCUGGUAUUGUUUCAUAAUUCAAGCACUACUGACAUUACCUUAAACUUCAGUGAUAAUACCAUCUAAUUGUCUAUAAGUCAGAUAAAAUAAUGUACAAAAAGAGAGACAGAAAGUAUCCCAGGCAUUUUCAUAUGAAUGUUCGUAUGUUCUGUAAAAGAAAAACAAAGAUUUCAUAGGAAGAAAGUAUGAUUAGUUUGGUGUGUACUAAGCUGAUAUUUAAAUAUAUAUAUAUAAAACCGUAUGAGGUAAUGCACAAAGUAAUAAAUAAGUUUGGUUUUACAUAUAU